GCACCAGCAACGGAUCUCCGAAAGCAUGCCCGAGCUGCCCUUGAAGAGCUACCUCCAGAGUUGCAGCCAGAGGCGUUGAAACGCUUUGCAGCAAGCCCGCUCAUGAACACGGCAGAAAGGGACCUUCUACGGGUUCUUCGAAAUGUGGGCCUCUCUGAAAAGGUUCGAGUGGACAGCUUCAAUGUUGGGGCUAUCAGUGUCAAGAGUAUAGCCUUGAAAACCUGGUUCCGCUACUUGCUGAAUGUGAGGAAUUGCGGCCAGUUGCUUGGUGGCUUCACAACAAUGGAUCGCUAUGGACAAGUCUGCUUGAAAGCCUUUUGGGAAUGCUUCAGAAAAGAAAACCCGGAGCAUGCGGUUUUCGAAUUGCAUCAUGGUAGACUGCACUCUGUCAUACCGUACUGCAUUCAUCUGGAUGAGGGCCGAGGUUUACGGAAGUCGGCUGUCAUGGUCAUCCAUGCUCAAGGAAUCUUUGGUGCAGACACGGCGCCGCACUUCACGCAGAACAUGGAUUUCAUCUUCGACGAUUACCUGAUGGAAUCGGAGCUGGAAGACAUGAUGAUAAGGAAUCAGUUUCAUAAUGGGAGAGGCUGCACUUACCGCAGCCGCUUCCUCUACACGAUCCUGCCCAAGGCAUCCUACACGAAGAACAACUCCAGAGUGUUUACUGCCGUGCUGGACAGACUGCGUGAAGAGUGUACAUCGCUUCUGGAAGAUGGUUUUCAGGUGCAUGAUGGUUCAAAGUACUUCGCUGCCCUUUUGGCAGUCAAGGGGGAUGCCCCGGCUUUGGCGAAGGCAGGCAACUUCACGCGCAACUUCCAGUGCUUGGGGAACCCCAUAUGUUGGGAGUGCAUGGCGGGAGCGCCUGAAAUUCCCUUUGAGGAUUGCCGCCGCAACCCGAUCUAUGAAGCUACAAUCCAUGCUGAAAGACCUUGGGUGGUACCGGGACCACUAGCAGAGGUUCCUGGGGUUCCUGGAAAACCAGAACUGGUAUAUCAACGGGAUCCUUUCCAUGUCUACAAGCAGUCAGUCGGUGGAUCUUUUGCAGCAAGCUCCAUAGUCCUGGUUGCUGAAAUGGGGUACUGGAAUGCUGAAAACAAUGUUUUUGCAAAUGUGAUGGACCGGGCCUAUAAGGACUUCGGGCAUUUCGUGAAGCAUGAAUGGGGUGGACCAGGCGUGCCCCACAUCAAGCACUUUACGAAAGCGAAUCUGCAUUAUCCCCGUGUCAAUUCCUUCCCUUAUGCUAGGCCAAAAGGCAGUGAUGUUAUGUUGCUCACGCGGUGGUUGAGGCACUUGGUGCUGCAUGGGCCCCUGCGUGAUGGCAUACGUACUGGCAACAUGGUACUCAAUGCGUCGGAGCCAUGGCAUAUUCCUAUGUUGGAGAACAUUGCAAUGGCUGCUUCAGGAGCUCUGAAGUUCUUUCGCAUUAUGCACAACAAUGGCCUCUGGCUCACAAGGGGCCUUGCAGAAGCUUUGGGCGAAGCAUGUUUCAAGUUUUGUGAGUCUUACUCUGCUUUGGCGCAGCUGUGCCACAACCAGAACCUGACCCGGUACUCCCUUGCGCCAUCCUUGCACUACUACCACCACUUCUACAUGGACAUGAAGAGGAAGCUUGCAAACCCGAAUGCAAAAUAUAUCCUCUCCCCCAGUUUUGCAAAUUGUGAAGCUGACGAGGACUAUAUCGGCAAGAUAUCUAGGAUUUCCAGGCAUGUUCACCCCAAGGUGACCAAUGCCAGAACAAUUGACCGCUACCUGGUCAAACUUAAUUUGGUGUAUGCUGGGGAAACCUGA